AUGCCCAGCCUUUCCACUUCGAUUGUUUCCGCAGUUGCCAUCCUCGUGACCAUUGGAGGAGCUGCUGCCAGCGUCGUUCCUCAUGCUCAAGCACAGAACCUCACAGUGACCCGCGCUGCUGUGCACAGUGGGAGUGAAAGCUAUCGUACCCAGCCUAUCAUUGCUGGAGGGGAUGUAGAGGGUCUUAUGGACGUCGCUGCCGAUGAGCUGGACUCAACCGCAGAGGGCGAUGCUGCCGCCGAUACUUGCUACAACAGAUCUCAUUUGACAGUGACUGCUCCCGUCUGCACACAUGCGUCAAUGGGACAUGCAUGGAUCCUCGUGGAGGGGCAUGCCUUGCAAACAGAAACCGAUGCACUCACGACUAUCAGUGCUGCUCUGGCCGAUGCGAUCGCUUUGCCUCUGAAGGUACUCGCAGGUCUGCUGGCUAUCGUAUUGAUUUACUCAUUCUGUGUCCUCGCGUACAAUCGCAGGUUGACACAGAAGUACGCCGCUGCCGAGGAACGUGCGAGGGCCGAGCAGGCCACCGAGAUGCAGCGGAUAUUAACCGAGCCAACCGAGAUUCCGUUCGGGGCCAGGGCGCUGGAAAAGGGCAUCCAAGUCGAAGGCAUCUGGACUCCAAAGGAGUAUUCACCGAGGCAGUCUGUCAUCAUGCCGGGCGAUACACCAGAAACCCCUAGUCCCACGCAGAGUCAGCCAUCACUAGUACCCGCAAGUAAUGUUCAGAGACCGAGAAGAUCACAUCAACCGGUGCCAGGCUCUAACCUGCUCAACCCACGCCUUUCCAUGAAGAUACCAGACAUCGAGCUCGGGGCGGAGGCUAUGCGUGUGUUCUCCGCGAACAGCGCACCCCAGCCGACCACCCGUACGAACAGCGACAUUCCCACUGAACCUGGAAAAAAGAGACGGUCUAGGGGCUGGUUCCACCCCCGGAAUUCCUGGGCCAGGAAGCCGUUUGAUAGCUACGAGCGCAUGUCGAAACAUGAAGGCAAGUCACGGGAAAUUGAUAUACUUGUCAGGGCAAAUGCUUAGUGUUGACUAGGACAUUCGGGACACCAUCGAACGUCAUCGGAGAGCUUCAGACGCAGGAUCAGCAAGCUGAUCGACGAGAGCAUCCAGACAGGCUCGACCGAGACGUACCAGUUGAGGCCUAUUAAUCAGGGAUCAAUCAGCCAGGAGACCACGGAUAGCACCAAAAGGUAGGGACUGGCCAAGAUGGUGUAUGUCAAUGACAAAUGAUUAGAGCAUGGUCUACAGAAUGAUUUGCAUGCAAACACAUGCCAGCCAGGUUAGGUGUCAGCGUUGGCGACCACUGCAAUCAUUGUAUUAUAGCAUUUUAUCGGAGCUUCGCAACUAUUAAAUCAACGACUCUCAAGACCCAGACAGACAUAAAUAG